AUGUCGGAAAAGCCAGAAUGGUACGAAUUCGAACGCAGCCUCAGAGCCAGCAUCUCACGGUAUAAAGAGGAGAGCUCACAAAGAUACUGCAAUCGCAUGCAUCCCCGGAGCGGCCCGGAGUCUGUUGGUCCACAUAUUGACUAUAGAGGAUUGAUGUCAUAUCCUAAGAUGUGCGGCGUGAUGACCGACAAUGAGAUUGCCCACACGAUGAGUACAGACCCGUCGUGGCAGUCGAAAGCUCGUGGUUGUCGAUUGCACAUCAGCGUGAUCGAACAAGAAACUCAUGAUGAUUAUGACGACGCUGAUGCGGUGGAGGACGAAGAUCAGCCAACAUGGCAAGAUCGGACAAUUGAAGGAAAAAACAGAAAGAGGGCGGACCUGACCUCGGUAGACCCUUGUAUCUGCCUGGAUGAUAACGGCGUUGGAAUUGCGUUUCUGCUUAGCCUAGGGCUCCUUCUCAAGACCUGUCCUGAUGGCCGUGUGGUACAGGCCGUGGUGGAAGAGAAUGCGGAGAGGACUUGUGUGCAGAUACCGCCAUCAUGGGAUCAAAGAAGUUUUAUCACGCUCGCCAAGGUGUUCAGUCUACUCGCUCUAGCGUUGGAGCGCUUAGAGUACUUGGAUAUCCAUCCGGACAUGGAAAAGACACUCGAAGCAGCGAGGUCAAAGAUUCAAGAUGAGCUCUUGAUGACUAUUGCAGCAAGGACCAACGAUACCGACUUGGAGGUUGCGGCGCCGGUACUGCCGUUUCUGCCGCUUGAUCGGUUGUGUGGCCAUGGUCAGAGUCUCACUUUGGAGCACUUUCAACGCAUUGUCUCGAGAACUGUACCAUAUUAUGCCGUUGCGCCAAGGGACAAGUUUCAUCGAGCCUCAUGCGGCUGCCUAUUCCCUGGUGGGCUGGCCGAGAUAGGCAAAGAUUUGGCGGUACCAGAGACCAAGGUCAUUCCUCAGCGAUUUUACGAUGCCUACCGGAGUAAUGAGUCGCAUCUGAAAGACAAGAUUGUUACCAUUCCCGUGGAUACACCUGUGGAUAACUACGUUGCUCUUUCGUACCCUUGGAACUCAUACGACUCUGAUGACCUAGAAAGGAUCAUCGCAACAGUCGACAAGGUACUGAAGCACCGGUACUAUUGGGUCGAUCGAUGGUGUAUUGACCAAGAGAGCUAUGAGGACAAGGAAAGAGAGGUGCCGAAGAUGAAGGACUAUUACUCGAAUGCCGAGAGCACUUUGAUCCUUCCUGGAGUGGCACUUCCUACUGAGCUUGCUCAAUUGAAGACCGAUGGCAUAAAUGUCCAGUUGUUCAAACCUGAGUUGGCUGAGCAAGUCAAGGAGAUCUGGAAGGACUGCCAGUGGACCCGACGCUGCUGGACAUUGCAGGAGGCUUAUAUGAGUAAACAAUGCAUCUUCUGGACAGGACAAGAAGGCGCCCCUCUCAUUCGUUGCUCUCAGCUUCUUGGUAUAUUACACAGUUCACCAUUCGACGAUCACUACAUCAAUGCCCUCCCCUACUUACCUGUCGACAUUGGUCAGUUUGGCGAAACAACGCUGGUGGGGAGGUCAUUGGCAAUCGCCGAGUCAACCGCAGAGUCUAUCUACCAAAGAUCCAUCGUCAGAUGCGCUGGUCAUGGAACUAUCCUCGAUGCGAACGCCUACCAGCGCCCUUUGGCAGUGCUAGUGGAUAAGAUUCGCGGUCGGGAAGCCACUCUGGAACUAGAUGAGUACUACAGUCUCUUCUCCAUGGUAUCAGACAAGCUUCCCGCUGUCGAUUACAAAAUCAACACCCCCCAACUUAUUGAGAGGAUAAUAAGCACCGGCGCUCUAGGGGCAAAUAUCCUAUUGACCAACACUGGUCAAGGCUCUGGUGGUAAAGGAAGUUGGGUGCCUCGCAGGUGCAUUCAGCGAGAGUAUUCAAUGAUGGGGAUGGAGGUCAACGCGUUACAACCGACUCUAUCAGAUGGCGCAAUGAUCAUCAGUGCAUAUCCGCUCACAAUGACGACUGAGAGCAAAGACCGCGACUGCUUUGCUGCUGGCUCUCAGAUGACUAUGAUGUAUUUCCAGCACUUUCCAGCCACAGAAUAUUCAGAGAAACAUACUAGUGAAGUAGUUGUAUCUGGCGUGAUAAGUCGCAAGUUGAACAAAGCUAGCAACUAUCUUCUACUGGAACCGCCGAAUUGGGGACACGCGAAAUACACAAGUGGGUUAGUGCUCCUGGCAACUGAGGAACAGCAGCCAGGGGACCAUUGUGUAGUAGAUGCUACACUUCUGGACAACAUGACACAGGAUAGAUAUCUGGAAAACCGGCACAUGUACGAUGGGAAGAGUUUCCGUCUUAUUUAG